AACAGCCGAAGGAAGCGAAAACCUCUCUGGCCCGUGACGACAGACAUCCAUCUUUCACCAUGCUGCCCAAUUCCUGAGCUGCCUGAGCUGCGACUGCUCCACCCAAGCAUUACCAGGGCGGAACCUUAACUUGGAACUAAAUCUUUUCCAUUAUCGAUAAGAGGAAUUUCUCCGUGAAGGCCCUCCUUCCUUCACUAAUCUCCUCUUGCUAUACUGCCUGCCGCGAAGUUAGCACACAACCCCACCUCCUCCACCAGCCGUCAACAUGAGGAACAUUGUGGUCCUGGGCGGCAGCUCCCACCCGCAGCUCACCGAGACUAUCUGCAACCACCUCGGCAUACCCAAGGCCAAGGUACUUCUUGACAAAUUCAAGGGUGGUGAGACGCGUGUCGAGAUCGAGGAGAGUGUACGAGGAAAGGAUGUCUUCAUCAUCCAGUCCGGCGGCGGUAAAGUCAACGACCAUCUGAUGGAACUUCUCAUUACUAUCUCGGCCUGCCGCACCGCCUCGGCCAAGCGCAUUACCGCCGUCCUCCCUCUCUUCCCCUACUCGCGCCAGUCGGACAUUCCCUACAACAAGACUGGCGCGCCUCUCUCCAAAGUGCCUGGCACGCGCUCGAGGACCGGCACGUACACGUUCGAUUCGCGACCGCAGACGCCCUUCCCUGGGCAGGCCGAAAGCGCAGGUCUGACGAAUGGCUCGGCCGCGCUGCACCACCAGCUCAGUAGAAUGAAGCUAGACGAGCGCAACGGCGGUCGCACCGAUCCUACAAGCCCGGUCAAGCAGAAUGGUAUCAAGCGCACCGAGACGCUCGACUCGAGCAGUUCCGGUAAAUCCGACAAGGGCGCAUACUUCAAUGGCGACCAUGGGGCCAACGGCACCAACGGCUCAGUUGCUCCCACACCGGGCAUCACGCGCGCGCCCACAACUACGAAGCCUCCCGCUUUCGAGCCCCAGGUUGGAUACCGCCAGUGGGUCGCUCAGGCCGGUACCCUUAUUGCGGACCUUCUGACUUGCGCUGGCGCCGACCACGUUAUCACUAUGGAUCUCCACGACCCCCAAUACCAGGGCUUCUUCGACAUUCCCGUAGAUAACCUUUACGGCCGCCAUCUCCUCCGCAAAUACAUCCAGUUCAAUAUUCCAAACUACCAACAAGCCGUGGUAGUCUCUCCCGACGCUGGAGGUGCGAAGCGCGCGACCGCCAUUGCCGACGCUCUCGGCAUGCCUUUUGCCCUCAUCCACAAGGAGCGCCGCCCCACACAGAUCAACGACCGACAGAAUGCGACCAUGAUGCUGGUUGGAGACGUUCGAGAGCGCACAACUAUCCUUGUCGAUGACUUGGCGGAUACGUCCAAUACCAUUACCCGCGCGGCAAAGCUCCUGAAGAAGGAGGGUGCUACGCAGGUGAUUGCGCUCAUUACACACGGUAUCCUGAGUGGCGAUGCUAUCGAGCGCAUCAACGCUAGUGCACUGGACAAGGUCAUUGUGACCAACACGGUGCCCCAGGAGGAUCACAAGAGCCGGUGCCCCAAGUUGGAGGUCCUCGAGGUCGGCAAUGUGUUUGCUGAGGCCAUUCGACGCGUCCACCACGGCGAGAGCAUCAGCGUGCUCUUCGACUACAGUUAGUACCUGUACUCAUGUAGUAUCCGUUUCUUGGGAGACCGUGCUAUCUGCCCCGCUAUGCUACGCUCGGAUUCUGUUACAGAGUACACAUUCGAUAAGUAGAAAAAACUGGUUCGAUGGAGUUGCUGCUGGUUUGUCAAAGAUCACACUCUCUCUAUUGACUGUGUUUACCGGGGAUAUGGACAUUAAAGGAUGUUUUUUUUAUCGUGCGUCUAUGUUUAUAGACUGCUGAGGAGCAGUAUAUCAAAUACCUGUACCUGCAUUAUGAGCAUACGUGCAUGGACUGGCGUUGGGGAGGCUGUUCUUUAUAAAACUUGAGUAUUCAUAUGACUGUGCUUUCUGGAUAGGUCCAAAAUAGAAUGAUGGUGUCUUGUUGUG